UUCCCCACUGCACUCUCGCUCGACGCGCGGGACAAUUUGAAAGGAGCAGUCGACCCCCCUCAUAUAUAAAUUGAAAAUAACAGUUAGCCGUAUGAAAAUUGAGAGGUAUUUUGUUCACGACGUCGAUGUUAAAGGUAUGACAUUACUUUGGGACCAUGAGAUGAUUAAAUGUUGGAUACAAAUUGAAAAUACAGAAAGUGAAGCUGGCACAAAAAUAAAGUUGGAGGGAUCUGAAUCAUCAUGGAUUCUAGCAGUGAUACAGAGCCUAUGUCGGCUGGUGAAUUAAAAUCAAGGCUCUACCAGACUUUCAGAGAAAGGGGAUUGGUCGAAUCACUCAAGUCGCAGCUACGAACCAAGCUUGUGACAGAACUGAGACAGAGUGCCAAUUUACAGCAUGUCAAGUUUGCCUCAAGUCCGUCAGCAAUCGUAACGGCUUCCCUCGAUGGCUCCUCAUCACUCAUGCUAAGAGCUGCCAACUCUCUGGUCGCCGACCACCUGAGACGAGGUGGCUAUGAUUACUCAGUUGCUGUCUUUUUGCCAGAGAGUGGAGCUGCAGAAGACAAGUUGUUCACUGUACCAGACUUGUUAGAUCUUCUGAGAAUUGCUCCAAGCUCUCAAUUGUACAAGAAGUUGGCUGCUGAACUCCCAAGAUAUGAUUCAAAAGGAUUCCUUUGGCAGCUAUUAACAGAGUUGAGUGCUGGUCAGGCAAGAAAGCAGGAGCAUGUAGGCAUACAGGUUGAUGCACACCCAAUGCACCAGUCUUCCAUAGAGAGAAAACUGCAGAAUGUUGAUGAUGCAUACAAGCAGAAAUCAGAGGAGGAUGACAUUCUGAACAGACACGCCAUCCAAGAGAGUCUACUCAAACUAAAACGUGAGAUGGAGAUCAAGUCCAGAGAGGAGAUUAAUCGAGAGAUUUCCAGGUUUAAAGAGAGUUCAUUGAAACGUGUCGAGCUGGAGGAGAGGGAGAAAGCUCGUAAAGAAAUUGCAAGUGCUAGAAGACAGAUAGAGAACACAUACCAAGCAAAGUCAGAUGCACUGAGGGAUCGAGAGCAAUCUACCAUGGAAAGGAUACAGAAACAUCAAGAGUUAGUUGAGAAGGAAACCUAUGCCCAGAGACAGAGCCUUCUUGAUGAGCUUAGAACCAUUAAACAGAGGGAGGCAGGUAUCAGAAGAGAAGCAGAAAUCAAUGGAAGGGCUGCCAAGAUGGAGGAAGACAAGAGGAAAGCCAUGGAAGAAAACCUGAGAAUGAGAGAGGCAGCUGUAGCAAACAUAGAAACAACUUAUGAAAAUAGACUCAAGGAAGAAACAAAAAGGUAUGAGCUUGAUUAUGAGGCAAGGCUUGCCAAGAGACUGAGUGAGCUGGAGCAGAGAGAAGCCAAAAUAAGAGCUGAACAGAGAAGUAUGAUUGACGACAAGGAGACCCUGAAAUCAACAAAGGAACAACUCCAUGGAAAAACAAAUCACAUUUUAGAGUUAGAGAAUCUCCUAAAGGAAGCAAAAGCAGAGGCUGCAUCAGCUGCUAAUAGGAGUGACUUGGUAAACGAGAGAAUGAGAACAAUGGUUGAUUAUCCUACACUGAAAGAUAGCAACACCAUUCUCAAACGAGAUCUGGAACAUGCGAAAAUGCGUAUCGCAGAGCUGGGAAGCGAAUACAAAGGAGAGCAGACGAGGCAUGAGGAAUUGAUCAAGCAGUUGAGUGAGAGGAUGUCAAGACCGUCCCCGGAGCUACAGGCCUUGAGAAGUGAGCUACAGCAGACGAGAGAACAGCUCAGUCAUGAGAAGGCAACAGUACAACACAUGGAGGCUCAAUGGAAUACAAGGCUACAAGAAGAAAUUGAGUCCAACAAGGACCUACGGCACAGGCUCUCAGAACAGACCAAUGAAAUGGCUUCUCUCAUGCGGCAGCUAGCCGACCUCAAAUUGGCACUGCGUCAGACACAGACUGCUCUCAAUAACAACAUCUACCAUCCAGACAGGAAUCUGGGGUUAGCUGUAGACGACACCCUCCACAACAGCAAUCUAGGUAACGACAUCUACAUGGACACCUCCCUUCAUCGUAACACACUGGGUCCUGAGCUCCUAUUGGCCGAUUCCAGCAGAUACCAACUGCCAUUGGACGAUUCAAACAGCGGGGAGGAUAGUGAGUCGCAGGGUGGAGAUUCCAUUGCUUUCAUUGAACAGACCAAGGCAAGGUUCAGGCAGCUAGAGAGGGAAGCUGAGCAUCUGGAACACAACUAUCAAGAUCUCCAACACAGGAUGAGUGGUGCAGGAGGGUCCUACCAAAGCCCCGGCCCUGAAUCACUAUAUUCAUCCACCAGACCACCUUCAGAUAUGCGAAUGUCAAGGAUUCCUGAUCAAAGCUCUCAUCUACCACUAGAUGGCAGCAGACAGGCUUUGAGGGAAUCCACUCACAGUCACAGCUCUCCCCAUUCCAAACAUCCCAAAAAGCACUCAGGUCCACACAAAUCCAAAGCUCGAAAGGAAAGAUCCGCUGAUGAUAGAACAAGACUUGCAGAAAGUUCUGGAAGUAAGCAAGUAGGAGGUCCUGCUCUAGACCACACUGAUCGCAGGAUGUCUGAGAAGCGCACCCGGUCAUCAUCAUCGUCCUCGUCCUCAUCUUCAAUAUCAUUAAAGUUAAAUACAUCUGACCUGGGAGGUCCUGAUCGGAAGGAUGAUGCCAUGUGGAUGUCACCUGGCACCACAGCAGGUGCAAUAGGUGAAGGAAACCUGUCCCACCUCAGUGACCAUUCUGUUCCUCAAGCCCUAAGCGAUGAUGAACAGAAGAGAGCAACAGCUGAAGAGAGAAGACGCAAAGAAGAGGAGGAAAGAAAGAAGAUGGAAACUGAAAGAAUCAGACGGGAAGAGGAAGACAGGAGACAUGAGGAAGAAGAGAGGAGGAGAGAGGAGACGGGAAGAGCUAGGGCUGAUGAAGAAGAGAGAAGGAGGAGAAUGGAGGAGGAAGAAGAAGAACAGAGAGCUUGGGAGGAGAAGAGAAGAAAGAAGGAGGAGGAGAGAAAACGGAAGGAGCAGGAGGCAAGGGAGAGGGAGCAGAAGAUGUUAAUGGAGCUUCAAAAACAAGAGUCAGGUGCAAGCGGUGGUGUUCCAGAGCCAAAGCAAGAUCAUUCAGCUGGCCUGAAUGACACUUAUGAGUUGGGAGAUGAUGGAAAGAAAGAUGAACAGGAAGAGAAGAAAGAGGAGGAGGAUGGUGUGAAGAUCGACCCGGUGAUGCAAAGAUACAUGAUGAUGGUGCAACAACGCAAGCAGCAACAGGAUGCAACUCCCGCAACUCAAGAACCGGAAGUGAUUCCAGAUUCGCCUCCAAUCAGUCAUAAAUCAGAUGGAACGAUCUCAGGGGAAGAGAUGGAAGGAGGGGUGGAGGAAGACCCAGCUAGUGCUGGCAAAGCCUCUGAUAACGAUGAUCCUUUUGGAGACUGGUAACAUACACUUCAUCACUUCACUUGAGAUUACGUCUUUUGGAACUCAUUUUAUAUUAUUUUUUCUUUCUUUUGAGUUUGUAGAUUUUAAAAUUCAGUUCAUCCAUAGGUUUAGAAUUCAUGAAAUGUGUGUUGAUAUAAACCAAUGGUGCUGUAAGUGGUGUUCUUCAUACAGUGAAAGUGAAUUUUUACUUAAAUACGAUAUAUUGUCAAGAAAUCCCUUGUCCCAAAAAACCCUACCUGAUUUUGUUUUGGUAAACUAUCUCUCUGUACAACAAAACUUUUUUUUCUCUUAAGAAAAGUAUAUAGAGUCUUGAACAAACUCUGUUUUUAUUUGAAUUUCAUAAACACAACAAGAAUUCCUCAUAUUAUGAAAAAUUUGCAAGAGAUGCAACAUAAUGUUGCUCUGUAGAUAGAAAUCUUUAUAAACUUCUUGCUAUGAGGAAUUGUUCAAGGAAAUCAAUCAUAUUAGUUAGGAUUCACAAUUAUUCAUUUUAUUGCAGUUGAUACAAGAAAAUAAUUUAGUGGUACAGUAGAUGUUUGCUAUUAGAAGUGAUGUUCUUGUUGGGGGUAAUUAUUGAAUACACUGUAUUUAUUAUUGAAUAUUUCAUGAUUUUGUAAUUGAAGAAUAGCGAUGUAAACAGACAUACUAAAGCUUUUCGUCUUGCACUCAGAGGAAAUCGCAAGAAUUAACAGAAGGCCAAAAUCAGACGAUUAUAAGUGGAAGGUAAAGGAAAAAAGUGUGCCAAAAUAUUACAGGCUGUGAUUGGCUGCCGGAAAGUAGACGUGAAGCCAGUCAUUUUAAUGAAACUGGUCUGUAGCAAUGCUAGCUAGAUUAACACUAGAGUUCUCACAAACUUUUUCUGUUGGCAUUCAAUAGGUUCAGUAAGCUGAUUAUAGGCAGCUUUCAGCAUGCCUGGAUGAGGGAAGUUUCUUGCUUGGCUGAGAUCUAUGAACCAAGAUGAACAGAAUUGGUCAGCUCAUUCUUGAUUCUUCAGUAAGUGGUGUGUGAUAGCAGAGUUGGCUAUGUCUGCUAUUAUCAGCCGCGUUGUUUGCUUACAUGAGCAUGUGGGUUGUGAAAGCACACUGAUCUGAUGGUUUCAGAUGGAAGUGGACACAUGUUGGUCGAUGGGAUCUGACAAUCUUGGAGUUGUACGCCCUAGGUACCAAGCUUCACAUCAACACUUGAAUUCAUAAAUUACAUUGCUAAUCUGUGUGAUAGGGAGCACAUCUCUACUGACAGAUGAGACCAUUCUGUGUGUAGGAAAUGCUACUCGCAGCUUGAUGGUAGUGUAAGUGUUACAGACAGCUUGUUUGAUCUGCUUUUCAAAAUUUUUGGAAUUCUUCCCUCGCCGCGUAGUUUCAGGUAGACAGGGUAUUUGAUAGUCUUUAUCUGUUUGUUCAAUUGACGUUGCAUUAGAUAAUAUGAUCCGGAUAUCCGUUCUUAUACGCACGAUAUUCUUAAUAUGGUCAAUCUCAGCGGCAAGUUUGCGGUCAACGAGCAUAUUGAUUACCUGGUAGGUUAAUUUUGUAUCGGGUAGGAUUUAAUGGAAAUACGCACAUGUCGGCUAAUGCGAUUUGCUAGUCUUCGAGUUGUACGCCAUAUUUACCGAGCGUCACUUAGCGAUACGGCAAGCAUUUUUAUUGACUUAUGUGAAUUAUACUUAGUCCGAUAUUGAGCAGUUUGUCCUGGCGCGCGGAUUGGGAUUCGGAAUUCCUAACUCCAACAUCAAGCGCAAAUGUCUGAUUGCCAUGCAUGGUCUUCGGACCGAUUCUGACAUUCACAUUAGCGAGCCUGAAUUAAAGGCACCCGCGUCAUGAUUUUAAACCGGAAUGAUUUAUACUAGCAAAAAGUUUGAAAAGGUUUGAAAAAUUUGAGACGCAUCUGAGUUUGACCGCACUGUCAGUUUCAUUAACAUCAUGUACGCACAAGUAGAUAGUCUCACCGUUGGGUCCUAUACUAGCGAAUAUUUGAAUUGGCUAUCACAAAAACAUGCAUUUGUUGAUACAAGCACUAAUCUAUCGCUUGCAAUGUCUUACAGUAGCGCAGCGUGCAUGAAUUUUCUUGCACAUCUCAUUGCUCUCCACCCGUCAUUCCCAUACACAAUCGAAAUGUGAUGGAAUGUGGUGGCUUGAUGUACCGGUAGAGAAGUCAGCGCACGGUUUCUUUACUGCCAUUUUUCGGAAACCUACAUUGUACAUGUCGAGACUCGUUUAGUCCUAUCUGACACAAUUGGCCUAGCGGUAAUCAAUGUUCAUUGCAAACUUGCCGCUGACAGUGACCUUAUUGAGAGUAUCUUAGCGCGUGUGAGAAUGGAUAUCCCGAUCAUAUUAUCAAAUGCACAGUCACAGCAGAAUUAAAAAAACAAAUGGUCUUUGGGCCUAGCAAGACUACCUAAAACAACCGGGAUGAGUGAAAGUUUCCAAAAAGUUUGAAAAGCAGAUCAAAUUAGCUGUCUGAAACACUUUCACUACCGUCGAGCCGCGCACGUUAUUUACUACACACAGAAGUAUCUCAUCUGUCAGUAAAGAUGUGCUUCCUACCACACAGAUUAGCAGUGUUACCUAUGAAUUCAAGAGCCGAUGUGAAGCUUGGUAUCUAGGGCGUACAACUCAAAGAUUGUCAGAUCUCAUCAACCAACACAUGCACACUUCCAUCUGAAACCCUCAAAUCAGCUUGCUUUCACAACCCACAUGUUUGUGUAAGUAAACAAUGUGGCUGAUAAUAGCAGACAAAGUCAACUCUGCUGUUGCACACCACUUACUGAAGAAUCAGGAAUGCGCUGACCAAUAUUGUUCAUCUUGGUUCAUAGUCUCAGCCAAGCAAGAAACUUCACUCAUCUAGGCAUGCUGGAAGCCACCUAUAUUCAGCUCACUGAUCCUAUUCUGUGCCAACAGAAAUAAUUUGUGAGGACUCUCAUGUUAUUCUAGCUAGCAUUGCUGCAGACCAGUUUCAUUAAAUGAAUGGCUUUACACCGACUUUCUGGCAGCCAAUCACAGCCUGUUAUAUUUUGGCACUCUUUGUUCCUUUAACUUGCGCUUAUUUUCGCUGGUUUUGCUUUCUGUUCAUUCUUGUGAUCAACUCUGAUGAGUGCAAUAUGAAAAGCUAUAGUAUGUCUGUUUUUGCUACUAUUCAAAUAUUUUAUGGAUAUGCAAUGCUUUUGAAUUGUAAAUAAAUUUUAAUCAUUAUUUAUUGUAUGUAAAAUAAAUCGGAAUAUCUUUGAACUAAAA